UAUAAGUUAAUGUUGUGUUCGCUUCUCGGCGGCCGGCGAGUGCAAGGUCAUGCCUGGUGAAAGGGCUAUGGCCUAUGUUACAGGUCACAUAUUUUACCAUGAAGUCUAUACUAUUUUUCACCCCACGUGGAUGAGAAGUCUAACGUAUUUUCAAAGAAGUUUAACGUCAUUUGACUGUAUAUAAGAAAAUAAACCCAAGCUAUUGAUACCUAUCAUAUGUGAACAUAAUGCAUGUAAAAUGAAACAAGUUCUAUAUAACUGAUAUUUUGAUACUUUUAGUACAGAUAAUCGCAUUGAAUAAAGAUAAUUAAUUAAGAUGGCUUCUCUCCGCUGUCUGUUGCUGCUCCUGGUCGUCUGCUCGCCUUGGCAAGACGUGCUCGCAGUAAAUGCCGCGGAAGCAACGCCGACUUGCCCGGAGGAACCAAAAGGCAUAGAAGCAGAGGCGCUGCUGCCCGGCAUUGCCAACAAGACUCUGAUGGUGGUGGACGUGCGGACGCCCCAGGAACUCGAGGACACCGGCCGUAUCCCUGGGUCUUUCAACGUGCCGCUGACAGAGAUUGCGUCAGCGUUCAAGUUAGAGCCUGCCGCCUUCAAGGAACAGUAUGGCUUCGACAAGCCAACGGCAGAAAACUUGGUUCUUACUUGCCGUUCUGGCCGACGAGCGACCACAGCCUGGCGACAACUGUCGCCCCUGGGGUAUUGUCAUGCUAGAGUUUACUUUGGGUCGUUCUUGGACUGGCAAGCAAAGGGACUGCCUAUCGAACACGAGCCUGAAGGCACCACCCAAAAAACAAAUGUCACGGAUCCUGAACCGGCCUGCCCGGAGGAGCCUGCAGGCAUAGAAGCAGAGGCGCUGCUGCCCGGCAUUGCCAACAAGAGUCUGGUUGUGGUGGACGUGCGGCCUGCCGAGGACCUCGCGAACGACGGCCGCAUCCCUGGGUCUUUCAACGUGCCGCUGCCGGAAUUGGUCGCUGCGUUUAAGCUGGAGUCCGCAGCCUUCAAUGUCCAGUACGGCUUCGAGAAGCCAGCAGCUGAUAAGCUGGUUCUUUCAUGUCGAUCUGGCGGACCGGCGCUGGAAGCUUGGCGGAGUCUGUCCCCACUGGGGUACUGUCAUGCCAGGGUUUACUUUGGUUCGUUCUUAGACUGGCAAGCCAAGGGACUGCCCAUCGAACGCGGGCUUGAAGGCACCACCCGAAAAAGUUCGUCUGGCUGAUCGUGACCGUGCGACUAUCAAUCAGACCGUUUUAAUUCCCGAUAAACAAUAAUCGCAAGAUGUCCCAAAGGGAAAUUCGUCGUUUAUAAUAAAAUAAAGCGACCCCAAGCUCUCUUAUGUUUGUAUUGCAACUUUUGAUAGUAAAAAAAGACGCAAGUAA